GAACGUGAAAUGGCUUGGAUUGCUGAUACAUAUGCAUCAACAGUCGGUUGGGAAGAUAUUAAUGCAAUGGCUUGCAUAACUGGUAAACCUAUUUUACAAGGUGGUAUUCAUGGUCGAACAUCAGCUACUGGUCGUGGUUUAUAUCACGGUGUGAAUAAUUUUAUGAAUGAAAAAUAUUAUAUGGAUAAAGUUGGUUUGACAACAGGUCUUGCUGGAAAAACAUUUAUUGUUCAAGGUGCUGGUAAUGUUGGUUAUCAUUCUAUGCGUUAUUUAACUCGACAUGGUGCAAAAUGUGUUGGAAUACUUGAAUGGGACGGAGCUAUUGUUAAUCCAGAUGGUAUUGAUCCAAAAGCACUUGAAGAAUAUAAAUCUGAACGUGGAACUAUUGUUGGCUUUCCCGGUGCUAAACCAUAUGAAAAAUCUGACAAACAAGAAUUACUUUGUGAACAAUGUGAUAUUCUUGUACCAGCAGCAAGUGAACAACAAAUUACAUCGAAAAAUGCUCAUCGUAUCAAAGCUAAGAUUAUUGCUGAAGGUGCCAAUGGACCAACAACACCAGCAGCAGAUAGAAUACUUCUUAAAAAAAAUGUCUUAGUUAUUCCAGAUAUGUAUGUUAAUGCUGGUGGUGUAACUGUCUCAUAUUUUGAAUGGCUUAAAAAUUUAAAUCAUACAUCAUAUGGUCGAUUAACAUUUAAAUAUCAACGAGAUACAAAUUAUUCACUUCUUGAAAGUGUUCAAAGUUCAUUAGAAGCUAAAUUUGGUAAAAUGGGAGGACAAAUUCCUAUUAUUCCAAGUGAUCAAUUUUUUAAACGUAUGGCCGGUGCAUCAGAAAAAGACAUCGUACAUUCUGGUCUUGAACAAACAAUGGAAAAAUCUGCACGUGCUAUUAUGGAAACAGCUCAAAAAUUUAAUUUGGGUUUAGAUAUACGUACAGCUGCUUAUGUAACUGCAUUAGAAAAAAUUUAUAAUGUUUAUGUUAGUGCUGGUAUGACCUUUGGUGUUUAA